AAUGCGAUAGGACUUGUAUGACCCGAUCCGUCUCCUUACCCGCAGAAUUCUGCAUCUUGACAGUUGAGAGCUCACUGUGUCAGCUGCUACCUACCUCGAGGAGCAUGAAACUCUUAACGAAUUUGGUAGACCUAAAUCAAUGCAACUAGAAAACCGGAAAAAGAUAAAACGACGCUUGAGUAUUCUUCUUCUUUGUUAAAUAAAUGGAGAUAUUGGAAGAAUCUGUUGUGAAUUCAAAGAUUUCUCCGCCAAAUUCAUACGAAGCCGUUGUUCUUGGCGGCACCUUUGACCGGUUACAUGACGGACAUCGCCUCUUUCUCAAGGCAGCGGCGGAGCUGGCCAAGGAUCGUAUCGUUGUCGGAGUUUGUGACGGUCCACUGUUGGCUAACAAACAGUUCCCUGAGUUAAUACAGUCCAUUGAGGAAAGGAUGCAUAAUGUUGAAAAUUACAUCAAGUCUAUUAAACCAGAGCUUAAAGUGCAAGCUGAACCCAUUACCGAUCCUUAUGGCCCUUCAAUUAUUGAUGAAAAUUUAGAAGCAAUUAUUGUCAGCAAAGAGACAUUACCUGGUGGCAUGUCAGUUAAUAAGAAGAGAGCUGAUAAAAUUCUCUCACAGCUUAAGAUUGAAGUUGUGGAUCUAGUUUCUGAAGGAUCCACUGGGGAUAAACUAAGUUCAACAACCUUAAGGAAGCUUGAGUCUGAGAAGGCCAAAAAGGAACAGCUUACUGAGGUGGCCAAAAAAGAACCGCUUGAGGCUGAGAAGGCCAAAAGAGAACAACUUAGGGAUGAGAAGGCUGAAAAAGAACUGCUCAAGGCUGAGAACAACAGCCUACAGAAUAAAUUUGGGACACAGAAGGAUUGAAGGAAUUCUGCAUAUAAGCUGAGUUGUGAAGUACAGGAUGGAACAGCUAAAGGAGUAUCUGUUUGGAUUCAGGAGUUGUCAUUGUAAAAAUGCAGCAUGAGUUAAUGGUUUUUAUCUAGAACAACUUUCUUUUUUUUUAUGCCGGAGAAUCCUGUCCAACUUCGUUAGACAAGCAAUCUCUGAUGCACAAUCAUUAGACCAAUAACCACUAGAGCAGGUAAUUUAGGUGUAAAACUUUCAUAUAUUUGUUAUAAAGGGACACGCCUCUUUCCUUUUUC